AGCAUCUUCCCAGUCAAGAAAAGAAAGAAACAAGUAUAUAUCUGAACUUAGAUAAGCUGUUUCACCAAUUCGAGAAGAACAUGGGGCAAAAGAUCGAAAUUGAGGUGCCACUCCACUGUGAGAGAUGCAAGAGGAAGAUUAUGACCAUAUGCACCACGGCAGAUGGUGUCAGUUCGGUUAGUUUUCAAAGGGAAAACAAAUUGGACAGAGUGAUGGUUAAAGGAGAAGGAAUAGAUGCAGCUGGGCUGACUGCAUGUUUGAGAAAGAAAGUGAACAAGUAUGCUAAGCUACUUAGUGUGGACAAUGAUGCAUGAUCGAAGAAGAUUCAAGACACUUAACAUGCUUGCAGGCUCACUCAAAGAUUCGUUAUGUGCUUCAAUUACUUACUAACCUCAUCAGCUUGCCAUGCAUGUUAUGUCAUGAUUCCAUCUUUCAAUACGUAUAAUUGUCAACUUAGAAUCUGAAUUUUGUAUUUCCUCUAGUUAUAUAUUGUACAUGUGUGAUUGAUAUAUUUGUAUGUUAUUUAUAUUAUUCAUGUGUAUUAAACAAAUUAAAGUUGUAUCCAUUAUUGUUUGUAUGUACCAUGGUGGGUUUGUAGAAAUGUUAUGAAUCUCAUGUCAGGAGCAUGUUAGUUUAAUUUGUAUAAAAAUGAUAAU